GCCCCCCGCCGCGCCCCGCGCCCCCCGCGCCCCCCGCGCCGCCAUGGGGGUGGAGGGCUGCACCAAGUGCAUCAAGUACCUGCUCUUCGUCUUCAAUUUCGUCUUCUGGCUGGCCGGAGGCGUGAUCCUGGGAGUGGCCCUGUGGCUGCGCCAUGACCCGAAGACCACCAACCUGCUGUACCUGGAGCUGGGGGACCGGCCCGCACCCAGCACUUUCUACGUGGGCAUCUACAUCCUCAUCGCCGUGGGCGCCGUGAUGAUGUUCGUGGGCUUCCUGGGCUGCUACGGCGCCAUCCAGGAGUCCCAGUGCCUGCUGGCCACGUUCUUUGCCUGCCUGGUGAUCCUCUUUGCCUGCGAAGUGGCUGCUGGCAUCUGGGGCUUCGUCAACAAGGACCAGAUCGCCAAGGACAUGAAGCAGUUCUACGACCAGGCGGCGCAGCAGACCGUCGCGGAGGAUGAAAACGCGGCCAACAAAGCCAAGGCGGUGGUGAAGACCUUCCACCAGACGCUAAACUGCUGUGGCUCCUCCACGUUUUCCGCUGCGAUUAACAACAUGGUCAGGCCCAGCCUGUGCCCCGAGGGCAUGAACAUGGGCAGCUACAAUCUCUUCAAGGAGGAGUGCCACCCGCGGAUCGACGAGCUCUUCUCCAGGAAGCUGUACCUCAUCGGCAUCGCGGCCAUCGUGGUGGCAGUGAUCAUGAUCUUCGAGAUGAUCCUGAGCAUGGUGCUCUGCUGCGGCAUCCGGAACAGCUCCGUGUACUGAGGCUGCGCCGCGACCCGGCCCCGGCCCCGGCCCGGGCGGCCCCACCCUCCGUGUAUAUAGAUCCCGGUAUUACUCCGCUGCGAUUAUUAGCCUUUUUACUUCUGAGUUUGUCCUUCAGGCCCCGUCACUUGGGGGGGCUGACGUCACUGGCCGGUGGCUCCGGAUGGGCCUUGGGGCGUCCGGCGGGGCCUGGGCCGGGGAUGCCGGGUCCAGCCUCCAAGUCCUGGCUCCUCCCCUGCGCCUCCAGGGAGCGCCCGGGCAGCUCCGCGCCUCCGUUCACCUGCCCUUCCUAACGCUCGCUGUCCACUGUCAUCCACCCUGAAAGCCACUCAAUAAAGGAGGAAACCAGGCAUGCCAACCAGCCGCUGGCUCCCUGUGUCGCGGCA